CCAUUCUAAUUUUAGAUAAAUAAUUAAAAUAUCUUUAAUUUGAUGAGUUGGGUUCUCACACAAACCAACUCGAUAAAGAGAACCAGACCAUUGGUUUUAAUUAAAUAUUACACAAACUUGGUAAAUUAUUCAAUUUCUUAAAAUUAAAAAUGCAUUAUUUAUGCUUCCAGAUAAAAUCCACAAAGUGUAUCAAUUCCGCGAAUGUUUAUUACUCCAAUCCAUUAAAAAAAAAAAAGGAAAAAGAAAAACUCGAUUUAAUAUAUCAACGAACAAAACUAACCAUUCCUUUAGCCGUUAACAAAACAAUAUCGUUUUAAUAUUAGUUUAUUGUAUUUAUUUAAACAAAAGAGUAUGAAAUCUUAGCACUGCUCUCUCUCACUCGUACGCGCCCGAGGAUUUGGGGAUGUUAAUGGCAACUUCGAUAAGCCCCGCGAUCCCUUCUUCGCCUUCUCGUCGCUUCUCGAUUCUAACAACGCCUAACGCUAAAUUCGUUAAAGUUCCCGCACUUUGUUGCUUAAGGAAGAACGGUGAAAUCAAUGGCUUAUCUAGAACCCCUUCACCAAUGGACUCUGGAGGUCAAAACGAUGGGGAAAUGUCACUGGAACAGUCUUCCAAUGUUGAACUGGAAAUGAAAAAUAAUGAGAUAUGGCGACUAUUCAAGGAAGCUCAGCAGAAUAUUUUGUAUUUGAAUAAACAACGGCUCAAGGCUGUCGAGGAGCUGAAUGAAGCAAAUAGGGAGAAACAGCUAUUGGUAGAUAAGAUAGAGCAACUGGAGAAAGAAACCAGAAGAGCCAGUGGGAAAGAUAAUCUAGCACUGUGCUGGGCAUUGUUGCUUCGGAUAGACGCAAUGGUCCUAGGUGGAAUGAUUAGCCCUGCAGAGGCAACUGAUUUGAGAAGGAUGGUCAUGGAUAGAAAAGUUAGUGUAGCAAAUGUAUUCUCAGACAUGCUGCAGAAAAGAGAUGCUGAACUUCUUGCAGAACUCCGCCACUUCUCUGAAGGAAGCAAAAAGAAAGGUUUUCACAUCAUUCACAUAUGUACUGAAAUGGAACCAUUGGUCUCAAUUGGGCCCUUGGCACCAUACAUAACUGGCUUAUCUUGUGCACUGCAAAGAAAGGGCCAUUUGGUGGAAGUUAUUUUGCCAAAGUAUGCCAGCCUUGACCUGGAUGAGGUUCAGGGGUUGCGAGAAAUUGAGGCAGAGUCUUAUUCAUAUUUUAAUGGCGAACUGCAUGGAAACAGAAUCUGGACUGGGGUUGUCUAUGGCAUUGGAGUUACUUUUAUUCAACCUUUAUAUUUCUCAUCUUUUUUCAACCGAGACAGGAUAUAUGACUAUCCGGAUGACUUUGAACGAUUUACCUAUUUCUCUCGUGCUUCAUUGGAUUAUAUAGCAAAAUCUGGAAAGCAACCUGAUGUGUUGCACUUACAUAAUUGGGAGACUGCUAUUGUUGGACCUCUUUUCUGGGAUAUUUUUGCUAAACAGGGGCUGGGAAAUACAAGAAUAUUAUUGACAUGCCAUGGCCUUGACUCACAGUGUCUCGAGGAACCUGAUAAGCUAGCACUAUGUGGACUCGAUCCUGGUAGACUUCAUCGCCCCGACCGUUUGCAAGAUACUGCUAAGACACAUCUUGUGAACAUUUUGAAGGGUGGGGUAGUUUAUUCUAACAAAGUUGUAGUUAUGUCAUCCAUGGACUCCAAAGGAAGGAUCAUUCGCAGUAGUCAUGGAUUGGAACAUACCUUAGCCCUUCACAAGGAAAAAUUGCUUGUUGCUCCUUGCGGAUUUGAUAACUCUACCUGGGAUCCAUCCAAGGAUAAUUUUCUUCCAGUAAAUUAUAGUGCAGAGAACAUGAGGGGAAAAGAUGCAUGCAAAGUUGCAUUACAGCAGCAGGCAGGCUUAUCUGAACAUGCUUCUUUUAUUCUGGUUGGAUGCAUCUUCUCAGAAGUGUCAGAUUUUGAAUUGGAGAAAUUGAAGAAAGUUGUCUGGAAUGCUACCAAAGGGGGUGCCCAGUUUGUCUUCAUGGCGAAUGGUGCAGUGCCAACUAUCAAUAGAGCACUCAGAUCUUUUCAGGAAGAACUUGAGGAUGGAAAUGUGAAAUUCUUUUACCGCUACGAUGAAGUAUUAUCUCAUUUGAUGUUUGCAGGAUCUGACAUUAUAUUGUGUCAGUCCUUUGACGAUCCUCUGCUUCAAGUUCCACUCAAGGCUUUAAAAUAUGGAGCUGCUCCAGUUUCAAUAACCUCCGGUGAUCAGAACUUUAGAUAUUCUGCAGAUCAUGACCACGAGAUCACCAGAUUCUCACAGUUCAUGAGAUCUACCUUUGGAAAUAUGACCCUUAGCCAGGCCCUUGAUGAAAUUAAUAAUAACCCAUCUACAUGGAAAACAAAGAUAUCGGACGCCAUGAUGAGGGACUUCUCAUGGGAUGCAGAAUGCUGUGACAUUCAUGUCUCAGCAUACACCGCGGUCAAAAGUCUGUGACGCAGCUGUGAAUGGGAAUGUACAUAAUUAUACGUGCAUCCAUGUCUCCAUGCACGCAAGCCAAGCUUAUUGAAACAUGGAAUAAAUGAUGUUGCCAUCCAUGAAGGUAGGUAUCAAAUAAAUAGUAGUUUUUAGGAGGACAGUUGGGUAAUAAGUGGUUUGAAUCGUCAUUUGUAAAGUUUCUGUCCAGUCCUAGUCGCAAUUUCCACGCCCACUUGAGUGGCAGUUCUUGUAAUUUGUAUGUACAUAUUUUACAAGUUAAAAGGGUUGCCAGCCUGGCUGUACGUAGUGACUUGAUAAAUCAACUUUGGGGGAUUGUGAAAGUUUUCCUCAAAAUUUUCAAAUAAACUUCAUAUUUUUUGUUGCUUACUUUAUAAGAAAUCCCGGAAUUUUUUGUA